CUCCAAAUUCCACCACAAUCGCAAAGAAUUCUCUCCACGAUGCCUAAAAGAAAGGCGGAUACCCUGAGUCAGAGCCCCCCUACAAAUGGGGUCAAAAAGUCGAAGCACGACGAAACUACGAAUACGAAAAAGAUAAAUCUGUUGCAAGAUAGCGACUCCGCGAGCAGCAGUGAUGAUGAGUCUAGCGGCGGGGCCGAGCUUGAGGAAUCUGGAUUCAAGAUCAACGAGGAAUACGCAAGGCGAUUUGAGCAUAACAAGAAGCGGGCAGAAUUGCAUAGAUUGGAAGAGAAAUACCAAAAGGAAACAAAGCCUUCGAAUGGCCAAUAUGGGGACAAAUAUGAUGAGGAUUCCGAGUCUUCUGACGACGAGGACGAGGAUGACGAGGGAUUCUUGGCCACAGAAGCUUUAGACGCUGAGAUAUCAGCAACACUUCAAGCAAUUAGAAACAAGGAUCCUCGGGUCUACGACGAGAAGGUUACAUUUUAUACGCCGAUCGAGGAAAACGCAGAUGAAGAUGCUACAGGCACCAAGAAAGAAAAGCCAAUGUACCUGAGGGAUUACCACCGCGAAAACCUCCUCAAAGGCGACAUCGGCGGAGAAGAGGACGCAGAAAAGGCCCCACGGACCUUUGCACAGGAGCAGGAAGAUCUCAAGAAGUCCAUUGUCAAAGAAAUGCAUGCAGCUGCAGAAGCUUCAGAUGAGGAGGAGGAAGAUGGCGGUUUCCUUAUUCCAAAAUCCAAACCAGAAGCGUCUAAUCAAGGCAUACAUCCUUCUAGACAAGAACAAGUUACGGUCGAUGUCAGUAUUGCAGACAAAGAUCCCGAAACUUUCCUCUCGAACUUCAUGGCAGCUCGUGCCUGGGUACCCACUGAGGGAUCUCGCUUCCAGCCACUUGAAUCAGAUGAUGAUGAAGAAGAUGCACGAGCGGAGACGUUCGAGGCGGCAUAUAACCUAAGAUUCGAGGACCCCAAGGGUAGCAACGAAAUGCUGAAAUCAUAUGCAAGAGAUAUCGUGGCGGCAAAGUCAGUACGACGCGAAGAACCAAGUAGUCGGAAGAAGCAAAGGGAAGCACAAAGACAGAAGAAAGAAGCUGAGAAAGCCGAAAGGGAAGAGGAAAGAGCACGGUUAAGGCGAUUGAAGAUUGAAGAAAUGGAGGAGAAACUCAAAAAGAUCAAGCGAGCUGCGGGAAUCCGAGGCAAAACUCUAAAGGAUGAAGAAUGGGAAAAGUUCCUGGACGAGGGCUGGGACGAUGAUAAGUGGGAGGCCGAGAUGAACAAGCGAUUCGGGGAAGAUUACUAUGCCCAGGAGGAGGUUGGUUCGGAGGAUGAAAACUCUGGUUCGGAAGGGGACGGGGCCAGUAAGAAAAAGAAGAAGAAGGUCAAGAAGCCAAAGUGGGAUGAUGAUAUUGAUAUUAAGGAUAUCAUUCCCGACUUCGAGGCGGAAGAGGAAUCGCAUAAGAAGCCUGCCUUCACCCUGUCUGACUCCGAUGAGGAAAUGGAGGAUGGAGAUAUUGAGGAGGGAGAUGGUCACCACAAAUCGAAAUCCAGCAAGGAGAGACGACAAGAAAACCUCGCCAAGAAGAAGGCUGCACGACUCGAGAGGAAGAAAAUCGAGGAGAUUGUUGACAGUCAUCUUGAUCUCGACCUGCCACUCCAAUCAAGUAAGACAACAGGCUUCCGUUACCGCGAGACCUCGCCCGUUUCAUUUGGGCUUACUGCCAGAGAUAUUCUUAUGGCUCCCGAUUCAGCGUUGAAUCAAUUCGCCGGGCUGAAAAAGAUGGCUUCAUUCCGUGAUCCUGAGAAGAAAAAGAAAGACAAGAAGAAUCUAGGGAAGAAAGCUAGAUUAAGGCAGUGGAGAAAGGAGACGUUUGGCAAUGAGGACGGACCCGAAAUCAUUAUUGGGGCAAACGCUGGUGACGACGUGGCACAGGCUGAAAAGGAGACAGAUAUUGUGGAAGGCAAGAGAAAGAAGAAGAGGUCAAGGAAGAACAAGAGUGGCGUGAAGAUGGAAGCAUGAGUUAGCUGAGCCAAAAAUAUUUUGCUGUAGUUCAUUGGAGGAAGUAGGGGAUGUCAUACAGAUACCAAUUUUCAUUUUUGGCCCUUUGCGCCGCCGUCAAUGUAACAAGCUCUAUAUAGG